AUGCCCUCCAGUAACCAGCAAAUUCCUUCCUUCCAAGUCUACGAGCCACAGCCAGAGGUGACGCAACGCUGGACUGGGAUUCAUGAGGGCGUGAUCCGAGGAGAGGUGCAGGAACAAACCUCAACUACGCUGGAGGCCGAGAGUUACACCACCACCACCACCACUUCCAGCAGCAGUGACAUGAGUCGCCGGUCAGCAGUGAGUCGAUCCAGUCAGCUGACUCGGCCUCUCCUGCAUCGCUUCCCCUCCAAUCAUUCCAGUCUGCAGGAGGAGGAGGCGCUGACGGCUGCCCUGAUGAGGUUUAUCUUGAAGGUGUCCUCAGGGAGGCAGGUGUAUCUCCUUGCUGACAACAGCAUGCCAGAGGUGGGCGUGGCGGCAAGGGUUUGCGGGGAGGCGAGGGUGGACACCAUUCUCCUGACCUAUGAGCCCAGACUGCUGCUGCUGGAGUCACUGCUCCGCUCGCCCCUCAGGCCCCUGGACGUGCGUUACGUGCUCGUCAUGUGCACUGCAGACCACAUGCUGCGCGUCUUUCAACAGGUGCGAACCAGAGCGCUAGAAUCCAUGACGGUGUGGUGGUUCGUGGUGGCGACCGAGGACCGCACCGCCGCCCUCCAAGCACUGCUGAGAGAAGGAUCGCAGACGUGCGGGUGUGUUUAUGGUGGCCUUCAGAGUUGCUCACACUUUCAGGAUGUUACUCCAGUCUCGUCUCACAGGCUGGAGGCGGCAGGAAAAUGGCGUCCAGCUCCUCGGCAACCGGUGGAUACCUCUGCCUGGUCCGCCACUCUGGUGCCGGAUCUCCUCCACCUGUAUGCUGACUUCGGAGGCCGGCAGCUGACUGUGGCAGCCAACGACAACUGGCCUUUCCUCGGCCUAACGCUUCUCGAGGGUGACGCUGCUGCUCCGCGAUCUGGCAUCGACAUCAACAUUUUAGAUGCCCUUGGUGCGAAGCUCAACUUCACGUACCAGCUGGUGGUGCCGAGGGACCGUGCUUGGGGCGGUCCGCAGCCCGACGGAUCCGUCACAGGACUCAUCGGGAUGGUCGCCCGACACGAGGCUCACGUCGCCAUCUGCGAAAUCACUAUCACGGACACUCGCGAGACAGUGGUGGACUUCACAGCGACUUACUGGCUGGAGUCCCUGACUCUAGUGAGUCGCGCCCCUAAAGAGAAGGAGCGAUCCAUGGCUGUGUUCUGGCCCUUCACCACGGCGAGACCCGGAUCAAUUCAGGUGUGGGGAUUCAUCGCGGCGGCCACACUGCUGAUGGGUCCCGUGGCGUGGGUGGUGAUGAGGUGCUCGGGGGGUGGCCUUCCCCUGCAAGUCGCCGCCUUCAACAUGUUUCGCAGCAUCGUGGUUCAGACCAACUUCUUGCCGCCCAAGUCUUCCUCCCUCCGCUUUGUGUUCAUCUUCUGGUACUUCUUCUGCUUCAUUAUCUAUGCGAUGUACUCGGGCACCUUGACGGCGGUACUGGCCAUCCCCUCCUUCGACCAGCCCGUGGACAGCCUCACCGACUUGCCAGCCGCUGUGGCCAACGGGUUUGCAGUGGGCACCCUCAAGGCCUCCAGCACAGAGUUCCUCUUCAGGCACGCGGAUGGCGGCAUCUACAAGCAGGUGUGGGAGCUCUUCCACCCUGUGCACAGCCUCCUGCCUGAUCCUGAACUCGGUUUCGAUAAGGUGCUGGAAGAGAAGUUUGUUUUGGUCAACUCUGAACUUAACGCCAAGAUUCGCGCCACGGUUCGAGGCCGCGAGAAGUAUCACUUUGGGCGUGACACUUUCUAUCCACAUGGCUAUGGCAUCGCCUGCAUCAGCGGCGCCCCCUUCAGGCCAAAGUUUGAGCAACUGCUGCAGUGGAUCGUGGAAGCGGGGCUGGUGACACAGUGGGGUGAGCAGGAAAUUCAGAAGCUUGCUCAUCAUGAGGCUGGCAGCGAUGAGGCACAGGCAACACUCUCCCUCACACUGGAGCACCUUCAGGCAAGCAGCGGUUCCCCUCCCCUUUCAGGUUCUUCAUAAUGGUUCCUACUGUAUGGAGUCUCUGACAGAUAUUUAGGUUUUAUGAAGACAGCAAAA